UCUCUUUUUUCUUUCCUCUUUUCUCCCUCACUCUAUCAUCUUCCAAAAAAUAAGGACAUAUUCAACUCAUAGAAAUACUAGCAAUAGUGCAAGCCUUGUUGAACAUUCGAAAAUUACUCAAGAUUAUUCAGAAAUUGAAGAUAAAGAUUGAAUCUUUUUGAGUUUUGAUUAAGUGGGGUUGUUUUAUUAUGGCUUCAAAUGGAACUAUGAAGUGUCCAUCACCAAUGAAAGCAACAUCUAAUGGAGUUUUUCAAGGGGAUAAUCCAUUGGAUUAUGCACUUCCUUUGGCUAUUGUUCAAAUAUGUUUAGUACUUGUGCUUACUAGACUUCUUGCUUAUAUUUUAAGGCCAUUGAGACAACCUAGAGUCAUUGCUGAGAUUGUUGGAGGGGUUCUACUAGGCCCAUCUGCUCUAGGACGCAACCAGAAGUAUCUACACGCUAUAUUUCCACCGAAGAGCCUUACAGUGCUAGACACCUUAGCCAAUUUUGGACUCCUCUUCUUUCUUUUCCUUGUUGGACUGGAGCUAGAUCCAAAGUCCCUUCGUCGGACUGGAAAGAAAGCUCUAAGCAUUGCUCUUGCAGGAAUCAGUGUUCCUUUUGCAUUAGGAAUUGGGACAUCCUUUGUUCUCCGGGAAACUGUUUCUAAAGGAGUUAACCAAGGCCCUUUUCUCAUCUUCAUGGGAGUAGCCCUUUCCAUCACUGCCUUCCCCGUUUUGGCUCGUAUCCUGGCUGAACUCAAGCUUUUAACAACGGACGUUGGUCAAAUGGCGAUGUCUGCUGCAGCUGUCAAUGAUGUGGCUGCAUGGAUUCUACUCGCUCUAGCUAUCGCCCUCUCAGGUGUUGGUCGUUCUCCUGUUAUCUCGUUAUGGGUCCUUUUGUGUGGAACUGGUUUCGUGCUACUCUGCAUAUUCAUUGCUCCUCGUAUAUUCAAAUGGAUGGCUAGACGUUGUUCUGAAGGUGAGCCAGUGGACGAAAAAUACGUGUGCGCUACACUUGCAGUUGUUUUGGCUGCAUCAUUUGUGACUGACAUGAUUGGUAUUCAUGCAUUGUUUGGGGCUUUUGUGCUUGGAGUUCUCGUCCCAAAGGAAGGGCCUUUCGCGGGUGCUCUGGUGGAAAAAGUUGAGGAUCUCGUGUCUGGUCUAUUCCUUCCUCUGUACUUUGUGUCUAGUGGAUUGAAAACGAACGUAGCCACCAUUCAAGGGGCUCAAUCAUGGGGUCUUCUUGUUCUAGUCAUAGUUACAGCAUGUUUUGGGAAGAUUGUUGGCACUAUCGUGGUGUCACUACUGUGCAAAUUGCCCAUCCAAGAGGCUGUAACCCUCGGUUUCUUGAUGAACACUAAAGGUUUGGUGGAGCUCAUUGUUCUCAACAUUGGCAAAGAUAGAGGAGUACUUAAUGAUCAAACAUUUGCCAUCAUGGUGUUGAUGGCUCUCUUCACGACGUUCAUCACAACACCUAUAGUGAUAUCAGUAUAUAAGCCAGCAAAACUGGCUGUGACAGCAUACAAACACAGAACUAUACAGAGGAAAAACACGAGCAAACAGCUCCGAAUCUUGGCCUGCUUCCACAGCACAAGGAACAUUCCUGCAAUGCUCAAUCUCAUUGAGGUUUCUCGGGGUAUUGAGAAGAGGGAAGGGCUUCGUGUCUACGCAAUGCACCUCAUGGAGCUUUCAGAAAGAUCCUCUGCAAUCCUGAUGGUCCACAAGGCUAAAAAGAAUGGAUUGCCCUUUUGGAACACCGAACAGGUGCAAGACUCGAAUCAAAUUGUUGUAGCUUUUGAUACAUUCUCAAAUCUGAGUAAGGUAUCUAUUCGACCAACUACUGCAAUCUCUCCUAUGAACAGCAUGCACGAGGACAUAGUCGCUAGUGCAGAGAGAAAAAGGGUUGCAAUGAUAAUCCUCCCGUUUCAUAAGCACCCGAGACUCGAUGGACAUUUGGAAACAACCCGAGGCGAACUUAGGCAUGUGAACAGGAGAGUUCUUCAGCAUGCACCAUGUUCAGUUGGCAUAUUAGUAGAUCGUGGUCUCGGUGGAGCUUCUCAUGUAUCCUCAAGUAACGUUGACUUCUCAGUGACUGCCUUGUUCUUCGGUGGCCAUGAUGAUCGCGAAGCACUUGCUUAUGGUGUACGUAUAGCUGAACACCCUGGCAUUAGUUUGAUUGUGGUUCGGUUCAUAGUAGACCCUGAGGUUUCCGGGACAAGUGUCAAGGUAGAAAUGAAUGACAAAACUAACCCCGAGGCUCAAUCUGAUGAUGAAGAGUUCCUUGCUGAUGUUAAACAAAAAUCUUCAAUAGAUGGAUCGAUCAAAUUUGAGGAGAGGCUCGUGAAAGAUGCUCGUGGGACUAUAGAAGCAAUUCGUGAGUACAAUCGUUGCAAUCUGUUUCUGGUUGGCAGAAUGCCUGAGGGACAAGUAGUUGUAGCAUUGGACAAAAAGAGUGACUGCCCUGAGUUAGGAUCCUUGGGAAACUUAUUGACAUCACCAGAAUUUUCGACUACAGCAUCAGUGUUGGUGGUGCAGCAGUACCGCAGCCAGUUGCCUGAAGAAUCUCUCAGUUCUUUGAAGGAAGGAGAGUCAUCAGACGGCGAUUGUGAUUCAGAAUAAACGUCGUUUUUGCUAGCAAUUCAUCAAGGUUUUUAAGUACUCAAUGUACAGUACAAUGCUAGUUACUCAAGGCUUAUUAUACAUGACAUUUGUUCUGUUAUUGUAAGACUGAAAACUAUUUCUUUGCAUUAAUACUUAUUGUUCCUUUAUGAGUUUCAACUUUGUUGCCUUAAGAAUUAUCAGUGUUUGUCUUUGUUGUUGAAUUACAGUUGGAU